GCGCGUGCGUUCUGAAAGGGGCGGGGCUGAACUGAGCACUGUUGUGAAUGGCAACCGCUUCAUAACACGCGCUGAAGCGCACGCACAGAUAAACACGCACACAGAUAAACAAAAACAUGGAGAAAUUCCCACCUAAAUUCAGCAAAACUUUAGUGACUCCUGACCCGCAUUACAUACCAGGGUAUGCAGGUUACUGUCCGCAGCUGAAGUAUCACAUGGGGAAGCCGUAUGCGCAGCUGACCGCGAGGCUGCUGUCUGCGCCGGAUGUUGCUCACUCUCAGAGGCUGGUCCUGCAGUCGGGACGCUUGCCCCCCACCCAGACCGACCCGGGGGAGGGUCCGAGCCGGAGCUGGAGCGGGCCAGGCAGGCACAGGGAGUGAAUACCUGGAUACACAGGUUUUGUUCCUAGAAGUCAGAACUAUUUCUCGAGGACGUACACAGAGGUGUGUCGAGAUGCUCUGUAUGAGUUUGAGUCUGAUAUAAAGAGACGGAUCCAACUAACUUCAUCUGAUCAUCUGCCUGCAGUGAACUACAGCCUGCCGGACUUUAGACCGCCGAAACUAAACACUCCUCUGACCGCCAUCUCUAAAGACCCUGCUCCAUUCAGACCCGCGAACCCCUGGAAGCCCCUCGGAUCUCCGUACUUCAUGCCUGACAGCAGUCCAUACAAAUACUUCAUAUCAGGUUUUACUGGUUAUGUCCCCAAAUCCCGAUUCCUGAUCGGAACCGGCUACCCCAUCACCACCAACCAGGCGCUGAUCCAGUUUGGGAAGCAGAUGAAAGCAGGAAACAGCGCCAUCGCCCUUAAGGAGGACGACAGCAACCUACCCUCUAUUAACACCAUCUAUUCCCGACACCACGGCAUCAUACCCUCCUUUACUGGCCACGUUCCAGGUUACAGAUUUCAGUAUGGCCAGACGUUUGGGCAGCUCACCAACAAUGCCCUGGCGAACACCCAGAGAUAAAGAGCGAGUGAUGGGUCAGUGGACUUUCAGCUGGAUCCCACCAGCAGACCUUUCAGGAAUAUUUAGUGGCAAAUAAAGAAAUUUGUGUUGGCAAAACAUGAACUAAACUACUUUAUUCUUAUGUUGGUUGAGCUGGUAUGUUGAGUUUCAAUCAGACCAUGAGAAAUUAUAAAGCAAAUGAAUGAUUGUACACAGUAAAUAGUGAAUAAAAUGGCAUAAGUUAUAUUUUUCAGGUAGACUUGCAAAACGUGCAUAAUGUUGUCUUAGGGAAUGUAUGAAAAAAAUACAGUUUUAGUCAGGUUACAACAAAAAUAUAGUAAGAAUAUAAACAACCAAAUAUACUUCUUUACAUAUUCUUGUACAUGACCCACUUGUACACCUCAUUGAACUGGACGUAGAAAUGCCAUUUAAAGUUAGGGGAGGAAAUGGUAGAGUUGGAUCUCAAAACUCCAUCACCCAGAAUCCCCUGCGGUGAUUAGAUUAGCGUCAACCAGCUGCACCUGUGCAUCACUCUAUAUAAACACCAGUCAAACAAGUCGUCUCUGUCGCACCUUUGUAGAAGGUUAAUAAAAGUAAAUAAAGUAUCUCAAAAAAAA